AUGAGUAUCGGGAUAAAGCGUGAAGGACGGAAAGCUGAGCAGAAACUCAUUUCGGGCUGGCAUAAUGACAAGACUCAGAAUUACUUGGAUACUCUACUUCGCCGAACCCUGGGAGCUCCCGAAUCUGUUGAUACUCAUACAUUUCCAGACUAUUUCACAUUGAGAGAUUUGGAACGAAUGGGAAACUUCAGGGUGAGAUUCACAGACAAUCUUCUUCAACAUCUCAGGGUUAUGAAGCACCGAGACGACUGGUUUAGGCCUACUGUUUACAUAUUUCAACAUGCAAAUGUAUUGAAGAAGCUCUCAGAAAGCGGUCCUACAGACGAUUUCAAGAAGCUGGCCAAGGAAGGACUGAUGACAAUGGCUCUUUUGAUGCCACCCGACCAACGUCCGUGGUUUGACAGUGCUAUUUGGCUCAACGAGAGAUUGGAUGGCGAACAAAUGAUCGAUAGGACCAUUGGGACCCAAUGGAGGAGUUAUCCAUCACACCGGUCGCACCAAGCUUCGAACUACGACUAUUGGCAGAGGCGUCUCCUGAUACUGGAAGAGGAGUUCAAUAAUGCUUCACCUAGUAGAAUUCGGGCGUGGUGGUACGACGCGCGCAAGGGGCGCGACUGGGCGUUGCUUUGGGUUCAGCUUUGCGGCUUUGGUUUCGCAAUCGCAGCGUUCCUCCUGGCCGCCGUGUCGACUUUGGUAGCAGCGCUGCAAGCUGUGGAGGCAAACCGCUAUGCGCAGCAGGCAAAUACUCUCGCCUUGUUGGCAAACGAAUAUGCCAGCAAUGCGAGCACCUUGGACGCUAAUCAGGCAGACCCUAUGACCACGUUUACAACGAUCUUGGUAACUGGGGUAACCAACUUCAUUAGCACAAAUGUCAACCAAAUCAACUAUAACCAGGCUACGCCUGCCGUUGGCGCAAGAGAAGCAAUGGCGGUUAUUACUGCCGAGCCAUCAUUAUAA